UCCCGACGAGAACUCUCACCGGAUUCCCCGCGGCAAAGACAAAAACAACCAGAGCGAAAACCGACUGCGAUCCCUUCCGCCGCCGGCGGAUCCCGGGGACACCCUUUUUGCUGCAACAGAAACGUUAAAAAAGAUGUUGACGAUCAAGAGGGUGGCGACGGUUGUGUCGAAUUACCAGGAGGAGGGUGGCGAGAAGGAUAAUGUUGCUGUUGCAGUCGGAGGGGAAGCCAAGGGAUGCGGUCGUAAUUGCCUCGGAAAGUGCUGUUUGGCCGCAUCAGACCUUCCUCUGUACACAUUCAAGGUACCCGGAGAAGAUUGCGCUGAAGAAUCCGUCCUUUCCCUGAAACCACCUCAGAUGUCUUUCCUGCUUAAUCUCUUACUUGGACAGUGGGAUGAUCGGAUGAAUCGAGGUCUGUUUCGCUACGACGUAACUUCGUGCAAGAAAAAGGUUAUUCCUGGCGACAAUGGCUUCAUUGCGCAGCUGAACGAGGGGCGCCACCUCAAAAAGCGCCCGACUGAGUUCCGAGUGGAUCGAGUUCUCCAGGAUUUCGAUGGGAAGAAGUUCAAUUUCACCAAAGUUGGCCAAGAGGAAGUGCUUUUUAUGUUCGAACAGAGUGAUGACUGCUACAGCCACUUCUUCCCCAGUGCCCCCGCCAUUUUCAAGCCUACUUCUCCUAAUGUUGUGGCAAUCAACGUAAGCCCGAUUGAGUAUGGGCAUGUUCUCCUUAUACCCCGUGUUCUCGACUGCUUGCCUCAGAGGAUCGACCGGGCAAGCUUCUUUCUGGCUCUGUCUUUGGCUAGAGAGGCAGCAAAUUCUUUCUUCAGAGUGGGUUACAACAGUCUAGGCGCAUUCGCCACCAUUAACCAUCUUCACUUCCAGGCGUAUUAUCUGGCUUCUCCGUUCCCGGUUGAAAAGGUUCCUACUCUGAGAGUAAUGACUUCCGCGAGCAUGCAGAGAAAUGGAGUAGUUGUCUCACAACUCCUGAAAUUCCCAGUCCGUUCAGUCGUGUUCGAGGGUGGGCAUACUCUACAGGAUCUGUCCGAUGCGGUUGCUAAUUCCUGCAUACGCCUUCAGCGCAACAACAUCCCUUUCAAUGUACUGAUCGCUGAUUGCGGCAAAAGAGUGUUUCUAUUUCCACAGUGUUACGCAGAGAAGCAAGCUCGGGGAGAAGUGAGCCAAGAACUUUUGCAAACUCAAGUAAAUCCCGCCGUCUGGGAGAUCGGCGGACACAUAGUGUUGAAGCGACGCGAGGACUUUGAAAAUGCAUCGGAGGACUAUGCAUGGAGACUCCUUGCGGAGGUUUCCCUAUCGAAGGAGAGCUUCCAAGAAGUAAAGGCUCAUAUCUCGGAAGCGGCAGGCUUGCACGAGAUAUCAGAUACUGCGGCGCAUAACUUGCAUCAGAAGGAAGGACCUGUGUCCACAUCUUCUGCUCCUACAGCCACCACGCAUUUGCAUCAGGACUGUCUGGUUGUGAAAGGCGGGGCAUAGUUCUUGCAGCGGUAUGCGCAGUGAGUAGCUCCUGACCAGAGCACAGGGAACUAACUAAAGGCGGAUAGUCCGGACAAGCUGUCCAGGACAAGAUUCUGCAUCUUACGUUGCUUCGUUUGGAUACUUUGUCGGUUUCCCGCAGCGAGGAAUGAGGUUCGGUAGAUUCACCGCACCUCGGGGCAGUUCAUGUUCUUCACGGGGCAGUGUAGCUUGGAGCGACCGUCCG